CUAAUUUUCACCGAUGUCACUCCUCACGCCUCUGCCUAACCAAUCCAAGCAACGAUGGUAACGAGUACCAGCCAUUCAGAGGCGGAGUAGGGCGGGGGUGGCAAACGGGUGAACGCCGGUUUCGCUAAAUCGGUGAAUAACCCACGGCUGUUGAGGGAAAUGCGGGGGUUGUGUGCUGUGACGCUUGUUUGACAAACGUAGAAAAGGGUCGAGGUCAUGGAAACAUCCACGAUCGUCUGUUUGCUUUUGUUUCUAUGCGACUUACGCUAAACUGGCGUUGAUUUCCUUAAACAGUUCGGCCGAGCAUCGGUUUCUCCAUCUCCCCAAAGAGCUGCAGGUAUGUCAGGCAAACAGCCUGCGGCACAUUGUGGUUAAGGAUAACCGGUUCAAAACCUGGGCAGAGCAGAGUGGAGAGCAGCCUGCAGAGCAGCAGGUGAAGAUGAAGUCCCAGAGAGCUGGACCUCCUGAUGGGGGUUAUGGCUGGGUGGUGGUCAUGUCUGCCUUCUUCACAAUGGGCCUGACUGCUGGAAUCCUCAAGAACUUUGGCCUCUUCUUUCUGGACAUUCAGAGUCACUUUGGAGUCCCAGCCAGCACCACCUCAUGGGUCACCUCCACUACAAUUGCCAUGUUUCAUUUAGGAGCUCCGGUAGCCAGUAUGCUGACUUUACAGUGUUCUCAGAGAGUGGUCAUCAUAGUCGGGGGCCUUCUGGCUGCCUCUGGAAUGUUGCUGGCAUCUCUGGACCUCAGUCUGCCCUGGCUCUACCUCUCUAUGGGCAUCCUGCAAGGAAUAGGAAUUUCCUUUUCGUGGAUCCCUGCCAACAGCAUGGUGAGCCACUAUUUUGUACAGUGGCGCCCCAUCGCCUAUGCCAUCGCCAGCUCAGGAGAGCCCGUCUUUGCCGUCUUGUUCAGCCCCUUCUUCCAGUGGCUGAUUGAGAUGUACAGCUGGCAGGGCGCGCUGCUCAUCAUCGGAGGCCUUCAGCUCAACCUGUGUGUCUGUGGCGCUCUCAUGAGACCCCUGGAGACAGACCAGAACCCGGUGCAGGAAACCAAAGGUGGUCUAGAAGGUGAUGCUGCUGCGCUCACACAAAAGAGGAAGGUUACCUUCCAGUUCUCCCUGAUGAGAAAACCCGAACUUCUCCUCUACAUCCUUUUCGCCAUCUUUGCGGCAGCAGGGUUUUUCAUCCCACCUCUCUUUUUAGUGCCUUUCGCCAGCAGUUUGGGAAUUGAUAAGUACUGGCCAGCUUUCAUCCUCUCUGUACUGGCAUUUACAGACCUGGCAGGGAGGCUGAUUUGUGGGUGGGUAGCAAACAUGAGGCUGCUGAGGAACAUGCAGCUGCUCACCAUGUUGGUCACUCUGCUCGGGGUGGUGGUCUUGCUGCUGCCCAUCAGCCACAACUACUGGGCCAUCAUUGUCUUCGCCUCUCUCUACGGCUUCCUGUUUGGCUGCGUGGUGGCCAUUCACGUCACCUCCAUCGUGGACAUUGUAACCCUAGAGGGAUUUGACAGCGGACUGGGCCUUUUCAUGCUUUUCAGGAGCAUCGGUGGUUUCAUCGGUCCUCCAGCUGCAGGCUGGCUGGUGGACUAUACCAGUGACUACAGCGCUGCCUUCUACCUCUCCGGCCUCUGCCUCAUUUUCUCUGCAGUGUUUGUUGUUCUGGUGGACCACCUCAUUCAGAGGAGAAAAGCCACGCAGUCUCAGGCUCAUCAGGUGAUCAACCAGGAGGAUUAGGAAGCAGAGG